GAAACUAUUCUUCCUAACUCAGGUUUACAAAAUGGCGACCUCCUUCAAGAAAACGAGUAUCCAGCAAGCACGAAUAUCGAAAGAAAAAACAACCCCAGAUGGACUGUACUGGAAAAAUUUGCAGACUCCUGUGAUCAUUAAAGAAUAUGGUGCCAUUACAGACGUCAACUUUUGCCCAACCAGCCCAUACAACUUUGCAGUUACAAACUCCAUGCGGGUCCAGCUGUACCGCGCGGACGACCACCAGCCUGUGGGCACCGUCAGCCGGUUCAAGGACGUGGUCUACAGCGGUAGCUUCCGCCGUGAUGGCGGCUUGUUGGUGGCGGGCACUGAGGACAAGCUCAUCAAAUUGUUCAACCCAGCUUCCAGAUCCCUGCUCAGGACCUUCAAGGGGCAUACAGGUCCUGUUCACGUCACCAAGUUCCUAGAUGACCAGUUUCGCAUCUUCUCCGGCGCGAAUGAUAAAACUGUUCGUGUCUGGGACAUCCCCACAGAGAAGGAGAUCCACAUUUACCAAGACCAUCAGGUGGCAACAGCGUGAAGGUUUGGGACGCGCUAGCGGGCGGAAAACUCUUGGCCACUCUGACCAACCACCACAAGACGGUCACCUCCCUUUGCUUCUGCAGCAACUACGAGCGGUUUAUGUCGGCUUCGCUUGACAAGCAUGUGAAGGUUUACGACGUGGCGACCUACCAGGUGGUGCACACUCUGACCUACUCUGCGCCCAUACUCAGUCAUGCCGUCUCGCCCGACGACCAGGUACUGGUGGUGGGUAUGGCGGACAAGAUGCUGUCCAUCCAGCACAGGAAGGAAGAGAAAGAGAGCGACGAACACAAGGUCCGACAAACACGCAAAAGUGGGCGCACCAGGGGUCACGCACACACCAUGAGGACGUUCGUGCCCAGCAAAACAGACAGUAUUGUGACAAUGAAGAGAAAAGAGCUCCUUGCACCAUAUGACAAACACCUGAAAACUUUCAACCACCACAAGGCUCUUGAUGCGGCUCUUUCGCUGAGAAUCCGCAAGACCACUCCAGAAGUGACAGUGAGCGUCCUUCAGGAGCUGAUCCGACGUGGCCACAUCCGGCCGGCACUCUCAGGUCGUGAUGACUCCUCGCUGUGCAUGCUGCUGCAGUUUAUCCAGAAAAACCUCAGCAAUCCUCAGUUCAUGGGUACACUUCUUGACAUCUUCAACAUGAUUUUAGACAUUUAUGGCAUGUCAGAACUGGUGAACAGUGGCCCCAUACAGUCUUUGAUACUGCGAAUCAAAGAACUGAUUAAUACAGAAGUCCAUCUGAUGAAAAGUGUCCAGGAGAUCAUGGGCUCCCUGAAUCUCCUAUUCAAUGCAGCAGAGAACAAUGCUGUUCCCACAAGAAGCUCAUCAGUGGAAAAAGUUGAAGACAUGGAGAUAGACACAAACCUCACCAAUGGCAGAUCCACCGUGGGCUCAAAGUCCAAGGCCAAGAAGGAAGGCUCUGACACUGAGAGAAAAAGUACAUUGAUGUCUAUAGGAUCGUUAGCAUCAUCAAAUAAUGGUGUUAAUGUUUAGUUGCAAUCUCACCAUUAUUCUGUUUUGUUAUGAAAGGCAUUUAUGAAAUUUAAGUAUGUUUGAAUGUUUGUGUAACUGAAAUUGAAUUGAGAAAUGCUGCUCUGGUUGUGUGUGUAAAAGGGUGUGGACUGCCUGAGAAAGAAGCUGAAUGUUUGGGCUGUUGAAUAAAUUCUUUGUUGAUUUGACAA